GUUGGACUUGGGCUGGUGGUAGAGCCCAGAGUCCACUAACAACAUCUGAGUAUCGUUGUCUUUGCUGAAGCUCAAGCUUGAAGCUUUUGUUGCUGCCAAAAGCCUAACGAACGGAAUCAAUCAAAUAAACAACUAUCCUUACUCUUUGAUUCCGAGCUUCAUUGCCAUCAUCAGCAUGUACAGGAACGUUGCUUCACGCAUCAGGACCUUCAGGGCCCGUUCGUGCAAUAGGGUUCCGAACAGGUUCGCAAGUUCAAGUUCUGUUGCCACGAAACAAUCCUCUUCUGGUUUGGGUGGUAUACUUGGGUGGCUCACCGGAGAGCGAUCUAGUUCUUUACCGCCUCUGGAUUUCCCUCUUCCUGGCGUUACACUUCCUCCUCCAUUGCCUGAUUAUGUUGCUCCGGGUAAAACUGUUAUUACUACACUCCCCAAUGGAGUUAAAGUGGCCUCUGAAACUUCAGCGACUCCUGCAGCUUCAAUCGGUUUAUAUGUGGAUUGUGGUUCAAUCUAUGAGAAUCCGUUAACUUUUGGAGCUACACAUCUGUUAGAACGAAUGGCUUUCAAGAGCACUAGAAACCGGAGCCACUUUCGGGUAGUUCGAGAGGUGGAGGCAAUUGGUGGCAAUGUGCAGGCCUCGGCUUCUAGAGAGCAGAUGGGUUAUACUUUUGAUGCUUUGAAGACAUAUGUUCCUGAAAUGGUGGAGCUACUCGUUGAUUGUGUGAGGAACCCUGUAUUUCUUGAUUGGGAGGUUAAUGAGCAGCUUCUGAAAGUGAAGGCUGAGAUUGGUGAAGCUUCCAAAAACCCUCAAGACUUGCUUUUGGAAGCAAUUCAUUCUGCUGGAUUUUCUGGUGCCUUGGCAAAUCCUCUUUUAGCUUCAGAAUCAGCAGUAAAUAGACUAAAUGGUACAAUUCUGGAGGAAUUUGUUGCUGAAAACUAUACUGCUCCUCGGAUAGUACUUGCAGCUUCUGGUGUUGAGCAUGAGGAGUUAUUAUCUAUUGCAGAACCUCUUCUGUCUGAUCUACCCAGUGUCAGACGUUCAGAGGAGCCAAAAUCAGUAUAUACUGGUGGUGAUUAUAGAUGUCAAAGUGAAUCAGGGCGGACCCAUUUUGCUCUAGCAUUUGAACUUCCUGGUGGCUGGCAUAAGUUGAAGGAUGCUAUGGUUUUGACUGUUCUUCAGAUGCUAUUGGGAGGCGGUGGAUCAUUCUCAGCUGGUGGACCUGGUAAAGGGAUGUAUUCAAGGCUAUAUCUCCGUGUUCUAAAUGAAUACCCACAAGUUCAUUCAAUUUCAGCAUUCAACAAUAUUUACAAUAACACUGGCAUCUUUGGUAUCCAAGUCACAACAGGCUCGGAUUUUGUAUCAAAAGCCAUUGAUAUAGCAGCUAAUGAGCUUCUUGCUGUUGCUACUUCUGGACUAGUUGAUCAGGUACAGCUGGAUCGAGCCAAACAGGCUACAAAAUCUGCAAUUUUGAUGAAUUUGGAAUCAAGAAUGGUUGUUUCAGAAGAUAUAGGAAGACAGGUUUUGACCUAUGGUGAAAGGAAACCUGUGGAGGAUUUCCUAAAGGCAGUGGACGAAGUAACCUUGAAGGAUAUCACUUCAAUUUCACAAAAGCUCAUUUCUUCCCCUCUCACAAUGGCAUCAUAUGGAGAUGUUAUCUAUGUUCCAAACUAUGAAUCAGUGAGUGGCAAGUUCCGUUCAAAAUGAGAUUGCUUUCAUCCAUCACGUUGGGUCUUCUUGACAUAGAUCAAGUCUUGUACGACUGAAAGGUGUAAAAUUAAGUUAAAAUCCUAAAGAUCCUUGUUGUAGUCAAUAAAUUAGUGAUUGUGCGCAAGCGGCAUCUGCACAUCCCAUUAUUUCGGGCUACAUAACCAUUGAUCUUGAGAGUUUUCACCUAAAUAUUUUUUUGGCCGAACUUAAAACCGCUGGAUUAUUUUUGGAUUAAAUACCUUUGGGAAGCCAAACCACAAUCGAUUGAUCAAGAACCUGUUAUGAAUAAGUGUACUAAAUCUUGUUUAUUUUGCUUGCUAUUCCUCCUUUUAUGCUGAUUAUACUAUGGGAAUAAGUGUACUGCUAGUU